CAGCGGCGGUUAUGGGUUUUAAACGGUCAGCUGUUGAAUGUGGGUUAUUUUGAAUCAGAGAGAGAAAGAGAGAGAUUAUGAUUGAUUGAUUGAUUGAUUGAUUGAUUGAUCAUUUAAUGAGUUUGUGCGUGUGAGUGCGUGAGGAUGUCUGCGAAUGAGAAUCAGAGUUUAUCUGCAGAGGAGCUGAGAAAGAGACUUUACCAGCGUUUUAAGAAAAAGGGAGUUCUGGAUAAUGUAAAGACCCAGCUCAGGAGUCAGCUGAUCGUGGAGCUUCAGCAUGAAUCGCUUCCUCAGCCGUCUUUUGAAAAAUCGCAUUCGCUCUCAGUCCUCGCUUCCAACAGCCUGGUGAUCGAUCACCUACAGACCUGCGGCUAUGAAUACACGCUAUCUGUGUUUUACCCUGAAUGUGGCAUCAGCAAGGAGAAGGUUUUUUCAACAAAGGACAUUCUCGAGCUUCUGAGAAUCAAUCCACAUUCACCUGUGUACAAAAAUAUGGUGAUGGAUAUUCACAGUGGACAGAAAGGUUUGUUAAUUUCUCUGCUCUCUGAGUUAAUUGAUCAUCGGCUUCAGUCGCGAGUUUGUGACGCUGACACACAAACUUCAGACAUGUCGGAUUACGGACAGUCAAUCGCGAAGAAGAUGCAGGUGAUUGAAGAAGAAUAUGAGGUCCUGAGGCAGAAAGGACAGCGGUGGGCAUCAGUGGAAGUGAAGCUUGCUGAAUACAGGAAGGAGAUGGAGGAGCAAGCACAGGCCGAGCUGAAAUCCAAGAUUCAGCAUUUCCAGGAGGUGGAGAUUUCCCAAGUUCAGAUGGAGGAGAGGGAAAAAUGCCGGCAGGAGAUGUUGGAGGUCAGACGGCAGCUGGAGAGAAACUACGAGAUGAAAUUGGAAGCGUUGAUGAGCCGAGAAAAAAACGCCAUUGAGAGACUCCAGAAACAGCAGCAGAUCGAGGAAAAGGAAGUCUACGGACAGCGCCAGACUCUGCUGAAGGAGAUCGAGUCUGUUCGUAACAGAGAAGCUGAACUGAGACUCAGGAUAGAGGCUUUUGAAAAGUCCUGUAAGCUGCAUGAGGAGAAGAUGAGAAGCUCAGAAGAGCUUUUGAAGAAGAGAGAGCUGGACGUGAGUAAGAUGGAGGAAAUGUAUGACCUGAAGCUCAACAGCGAGAUCAGGAAACAUCAGCUAGAGUUGAAGGAGGAUUACACCAGGAGGACUGAAGUGCUGACUGAAAACGAGAACAAAAAUAAAGAAGAGACAGCAAGGCUUAAGAGGGAAGCUGCUAUUAUAGACGCCAGAAGAGAGGAAUAUGAGCGAGUCGUGAGUGAGUUGACCAGAGUGCAGGCGGAGCUGGAAUCAGCAUGUGGGAAUGUGUGUGCGUUAAAGCAACAGAACGCAGUGCUUAAAGAGAAACUAGAGAGUGCUAGUGACUACGCAACCAUCCAGAAUGAACACAAGGAGCUGCAGGCUGAAGUUCGUCUGUUGAAGAGGCAGCUGAAGGAAAGUCAGGAGGAGAAACAGAGACUCCAUCAAAAGUUGAACACACCGUCUCCAGAGCUGCUGAUGCUGCAGGCAGAGCUGAAAAGACUCGAAGCGGCUCGGCGCAUGGAUCAGGAGGAUUUCCAGAAACACAAGCAGGCUUUUCAGGGCCAACUUGCACAGGAGGUUGAGCGAUGCACCCAGUUAAAGGCCCAGCUCCUAGAGUGUGAGGAGAGGACCAGGUGGAUGUCCACUCACACCGAAGAGCUCAAACAGCAGCUGAAACAUACACAGCAAGCUCUAGAGAAUGAGGUUCUGCGCAACCCUAAACCCUCACUCAUGGACCGCACUGUUCUUGAUCUGAAUCCUGCUAGUGUGAUUCCCACUGGUGUUUACAUUGAGGGUUACCAUGACAAUUUGUCUGACCCAGGAAUACCCAUCAGAGGGCACCAUCACUCACGGACCAAGGGCGAGGAAAUGGUGGCAGCAGCUCGUAACAGGAUUCAGGAGCUGGAAAAGGAGGCUGAGACUUUGGAGGAGGCAUGCAGAAUCUUUAGAUGGAAAGGGUUCACGUCUCAUAUCCCAUUCAAGGGCACUUCCGCUUCACCCCCUUGUGCGCCUGCGUCCUUUGUUAGGCCAAUAGGAGCGACAAUAAACAAAGUCCUUACAGAAGACAUUUAUGCAAUGACAGAACUGAAUCAGUGUCUACCAGGUCAUAUAACACCACCCACAAUGGGCUCUCCUCCAAUCAGACGCCUUUCAUCCACUCCAAUCUCCGCCUCCAAGACCAAGCCUAGUGCACACAUUGAGCAAGAAACGAUGUUUUCAGGUUUGAGUUGUCAGAGAGAAGUGUCUCCGAUUCCUGUUAUCAGUUCAGAAGAAUACACACACAUCAUACCUCCCAACAGUCCUCAGCUGAAGAGCACAGCCCGGGAUAACUGCAGCCCUCCAAACCUGCAAAUGAUCUCCAGUUCAUCACCACAGCCAGAAAAAAUCAGCAUUCAGGACCUGACCAAACCUCAAACAGAUUCCCCCUACAGUUCAGAGCAGCAACAAGACCAGUCCAUGGAGGAAGCACACACACACGUAGAAAAACAUGAUGUAGUUCAGUCACCUGCUGGAAAGAAGCAUGAGGAGGAAGAGGAGGAGAGGAGGAUGAAGGACGAAGAGGAGAGGAGGUGGCAGGAAGAGAGGAGGAUGAAGGAGGAGAGGAGACAGCAGGAGAGACAGGAGGCUCAGGAGAGGGAGAGGAGAGAACUGGAGAGAUUCCAACAGGAGUUGGAGGAUCUUCAUGACGAGGAGGAAGGGAAGAGAGGAGGGACUGAGAAUCAGGACAAGAAGACCAAUGUGAAGAUGGUGGAGGAGGCUCAGGACAGUCUGUUACACAAAUACAUGCUGAUGGUGAUGCAGGGGAGAGAGAGUGAGAGAGAGCAGAACAUGAAGAAAGACUCCGAAAACCAGAGUCCUGAACUAAUAGUGCUGUCUGACCACAAGGACGACAGCAUCACCGCUUUUUCCCACGAGAACGCUGAUGAUGAUGAUUUUUGGUGAUUGAUUCGUCCAUUUUAUGAUUAUUUUUUUUUUUAAGUGUGCAGUGGGAGUUUAAAUUUAAGAAUGUUGAAUUAACAGGACUAUAAAAUGGUUUCAGAAAUGUU